GGCCUUGCCUGUUCUUUCUGAAACAGAUACCUUGGGUUGAAGACCCUGAGCCUGAACAACACUUCUCUAUCUGGGCAGCAGGAAAAAACUUCAUUGCUUUUUCUACUUGCCAUCUGAAUUUACUGGAGACUCUUGAUGGGCUGUGGUUUUCCCUUGACUGGACUUCUAACCAGCUGCCUGACUCAAACAGGCUCCUUCUUCAGGAGAGAGCAUUGAUGUUAGGAUGUCUGGACGUGGAAAGAAAAAUGUGAAAGCCACAACUGCCCCGAAGACAACCAAGUCAGCAAAGGCUGGUCUGCAAUUCCCAGUGGGUCGUAUCCACCGGCUUCUCAAAAGAGGGAACUAUGCUGAAAGAAUAGGUGCUGGCGCUCCUGUUUACCUGGCGGCCGUGCUGGAAUAUCUAACUGCUGAGAUAUUGGAACUGUCAGGAAAUGCUGCCCGUGAAAACAAGAAAAGCAGGAUUGGGCCACGACACAUCCAGUUGGCUGUGAGGAAUGACGAAGAGCUGAACAAGCUGUUUGCUGGAGUGACUAUUGCUGAAGGAGGAGUUAUGCCCAACAUCCUCCCUGCUCUUGUUCCCAAGACCACAAAAGUGCCUAAGCAAGGACUGAAAGAUGGCCAGUCACAAGAAUUCUAGUAACCGCUAGCCUGCUGAAAGUGUGCUGUUUCUAAGGCUGGCUUUCUCCACAACACUAGCACUUCAUGCAUAUAGGAAUCUUGGUUGUAAUCCAUAUAUUUAUAUAUAGACUGUUUGUAAAUAUGGAACCU